AUGGCACUGAUGAAUGGACCAGAGUUUGCAGCAGGGGAGACAUGCAAGGGAGGGUCCUCUAUACAUGCUAUCAUAGGGGAACCUCAAUCUUCUGCUACACUUUUUUGUUUUUCUUUUUUUCCCCAGAUAAGUCACUCAGCCACAUGUGAAUGUCUCAGUAAUAGAAAAUAUUACCCUUCUGUCUUCAGGACUAUUGCUAGUGAUUAUCACCAGAGCAGAGCACUUGCAUACAUAGUCAAAUACUUUGGCUGGUCGUGGGUGGGAGCUGUGAACAGUGACAAUGACUAUGGAAACUAUGGAAUGGCCAUAUUUCUGAAUAUAACCAAGGAAGAGGGCAUUUGUGUGGAGUACUCUGUGAAAUUCCAGAGAACAGAGACUGAAAAACUAAAAAUCGUAGUAAACACAAUAAAAAAUGGCACUGCAAAAGUGAUUGUGGCAUUUCUUACCAGUUUUGAGAUGAACAAUCUACUUGAUCAGCUAAGUAUUCAAAACGUUACAGGCCUCCAGGUGAUUGGUGUGGAGGCAUGGAUAACAGCAAGCAGUAUGAUCACACCAAACAGUUUUCGUGUACUGGGAGGGUCACUGGGGUUUGCAGUGAAAAAAAUCAAUAUCCAAGGUUUUGCAGAUUAUGUUCUAAAAGCAUUCUGGGAAACAGCUUUUCCUUGCUCACAGAUUGAGAAGAAUUCUUCUCAAACUGAAUUAAGUAGCAGCAGAUAUCAGGAUCUGCUUGUGCUGAAAAACUACAAUGAAGAUGUGCCUGAACAAAGAUAUGCAAGCAAUGUGUACAAAGCAGUUUAUGCUGUGGCUCAUUCACUACACAGUCUAUUCAAGUGCAAAGAAAAUGAAGGGUGCAAGAACAACUUUACAAUACAACCACAACAGGUGGUUGAAGCUCUGAAAAAUGUCAAUUUCACUGCAAAGAUGGGAGAUCGUGUGUGGUUUGACAGCACUGGUGCCACAGUAGCCCAAUAUGAAGUUGUUAACUGGCAGCAGGACUCAGAUGGAUCAAUCCAGUUUAAGCCGGUGGGAUACUAUGAUGCCUCACUGCCUCCUGACCAGAGCUUUGUACUUAACACUGAAAACAUAAUCUGGGCUGGAGGAAAGCUUGAGAAGCCAAGGUCUGUGUGCAGUGAGAGUUGUCCUCCAGGCACUAGGAAGGCUGCACAGAAAGGAAGACCUGUCUGCUGUUAUGACUGUAUUCCAUGUGCAGAAGGAGAAAUUAGUAAUGAGACAGGUAAUCUUCAGCCCUUAUCCGUUUAAAAGAAAACUAGUUAGUUGCAUCUUUUGU